UACCAGUGCUGGUACGCGGUGAAUAAUAUGGUCCAUAAGAGAUUCUUCCGGCUCACACCUCUCUAGUUCUUCAAACUCCAAACCUCGUAUCCCCACCCAAAAAAAGUACCAUCAGUAGGUACGCCACCAAAUUUGCUCUAGUUUACCGGCCGUUGUAACAUCUAUUAAAAAAUUUUACCGUAAGUGUCAGUUAAGCCGGGACACAUAGAUUAGAAAAAAAGCCGGCGACAAUUUAAGUUUGAAGUGUUAAUUUUUCAUAGAGUGGUCGGCUUAGUGCAAACGCAGCGUCAGUAAUGUAAACAAGGACUUUUAAAAUCAAAAUAUUUGUUUAAAUAAAAGUGAAUGUAGUGUUUAUUAUGGUAAUUUGUAUCGAGACCUAGAUAAAAUAUGGAUGCCUGUCUCACUAACGCGAAAAGCUGCAUUAAAAUUCACAAGAAAGGAAUGAAGGAAAAGAAGAAAAAGACCACCAAGAAGGUGAAUGAAAUCGAUAAUGAAGAUAAAAGUAAGGGCAAAAACCACUGGAGGAAUUUGGAUGAUAUGGAGCAGUACUUACUCUACAUUGGUGGAGGUGCUGGUGCGUUGGCUCUUACAGGAGUAGCAGCAGCUUCUGCGUAUUACUUAACAAGUAGGCCCACUUCUCAGAGACCUCUGUUUCCCCUAGAUGCACAGUGCAUUAUAGAAGAAGAGGGACCAGAUUUAAUAAGGGUCUCCAGAUUCUUCAAAGAAGCUAGAGAGGGCAAGUUUAUCAGUUAUUUAUAUCCAGAUGCCAAAACUUUGUAUGAAACAUUCAGAAGAGGAUCGAAAAUAUCAAAUAAUGGACCGUGUUUGGGAUGGAGAGAAUCAUAUGCUAAACCUUACCAGUGGCUGAGCUAUAAUGAAGCUCUCCUGAGAGCUAAAAACUUUGGAUCGGGACUUGUGGCUCAAGGGUUACCUCCAGGCGCGACUACGAUAAUUGGAAUCUAUGCUCAGAAUUGCCCAGAAUGGAUACUUACGGAACAAGCCGCGUACUGCUACAGUAUGGUAUUAGUACCUUUGUACGACACCCUUGGUCCUGACGCAUGUGCCUUCAUUAUUAAACAAGCUGAAAUAACCGUAGUGGUAUGUGAAGACGACAAUAAAUGCAAUUUGAUGCUAGAAAAGUCUCCUAGAUGUUUAAAGAAAUUAAUAGUCAUCAAAGACCUUAGAGUCUCAACUAAGCAAAAGGCAAAAAAUAUGGGAGUAGAAAUUGUUAGAUUUUCUGAUGUAGAGUCGCUAGGUUCCAAGAAAAGCCACCCAGAAGUACCUCCAAAACCCUCAGAUCUUGCAACAAUAUGUUAUACAAGUGGAACGACCGGGAAUCCAAAAGGAGUUAUGCUGACUCAUGAAAAUAUAGUGGCCUCUACGAGUGCCGUCAUUUUACAAUUUGGGGAUCACAAAUUGAAAAGUACUGAUGUCAUGAUAUCAUUCUUGCCUUUGGCUCAUAUGUUGGAGAGGUGCUGUGAAAAUGCCAUGUACUCCGUGGGUGGAGGGGUUGGCUUUUAUCUGGGCGAAAUAAGGAGGCUUUCUGAUGACAUGAAAGCCUUAAAACCAACAGUAACUCCAGCUGUUCCUAGGCUUCUUAACAGGAUAUAUGAUAAAGUGCAAGCUGAAAUCAAUGGAAGUUGUGUCAAGAAAAUGCUGUACAACAUGGCCAUUAGUGCAAAAGAAAAAGAAAUAAAAAGAGGUAUCAUAAGAAAUAACAGUUUCUGGGACUUGGUGGUAUUUAGAAAAGUCCAAGAAGGAAUGGGAGGAAAAUUGAGAUUAAUGCUGGUAGGAUCUGCACCAUUGGCAGAAAACGUACUAACAUUCGUCAGAUGUGCUUUAGGCUGUUUGGUUGUAGAAGGAUAUGGCCAAACAGAGUGCACGGCGCCCAUUACUUUGACUAUUCAAGGAGAUCAUGUCCCUGGUCAUGUAGGACCUCCAGUUGCUUGCUGUUGUGUCAAGCUUGUCGACGUGCCUGAAAUGGAAUAUUGGGCCAAAAAUAAUCAAGGGGAAGUGUGUGUUAAAGGAACUAACGUUUUCCAAGGUUACUAUAAGGAUCCUGAAAAGACGGAAGAGGUCAUCGAUGAACAAGGUUGGCACCAUACAGGAGAUGUUGGAACGUGGAUGUCUAAUGGUACGCUAAAAAUUAUUGACAGAAAAAAGCAUAUAUUUAAGUUGUCCCAAGGUGAAUACAUUGUACCAGAGAAAAUUGAAAAUGUCUACAUUCGGUCUCAAUAUGUCAGUCAAGUUUUCGUGCAUGGAGAAUCAUUGAAAUCAUGCAUUAUAGCGAUAGUAGUUCCCGAUGUAGAUGUUAUCAAAUGUUGGGCACAAGAAUAUGGAAUUCCAGGUACUUUUAGUGUCCUUUGUAAUAAUGCUGAAGUUAAACAACUCAUUAUGGAUGAUAUGAUCUCUUGGGGAAAAGAAGCUGGACUGAGAUCAUUCGAACAAGUUAAAGAUAUAUACUUACAUCCAGACAACUUCAGUAUUCAGAAUGGCCUUUUGACUCCAACAAUGAAAUCGAAACGUCCACAACUUAAAGCUUACUUUAAGCCGCAACUAGAUGAUAUGUACAGCAGACUUACGUAGGUGAUGUCAAGGAAUAAUUAUUUAGAUAACAAAACUAGAUUUUAAAGCACCAAUUCUUGCGGAAUUUCUAAAAGUAAACGUAGAACAGAAGACUUUUUAAAAACUUAUAGCAAUAUAUAAAGUUAAUAAAAUAAUUGCAUAUCUCAAAUAUUUCCAUUAUACUGGUAAUUUGGUUCUUUAUAUUAUUUAUAGCAAAAUAGGUAUAGCAGACUGUUAAUAACAAAGGGGCUUCUUCUAUAAAUAAAUAGUGUUUCAAAACUAAAUAUAGACCUACUGCAUUAGUAGACAAUCAAAAUUUUCUUUCAGGAAUUCAAUUAUUCAAAAGUCCCGAAAUAAAAUAUAAUUCUGCUCAAAACAUAUUUAGGUAAAAAUAAAUUCUGAACUAAGCUGUUGUAAUUAAGGCAAUAUAUACGUUACAUCAUAUAUUUUUUUUAUAAGUACAUAAUCAGUUUUAACACAUUUAAUAAAUGGCCCAAUUUGUAUAUCCGGUAAUUUGCUUUAAUAAGUAAUUUUUGCGGCAGAUGCCUUUAAAAUUUGUCGAAAUUAAAUCCAAAGAUUUUCUUAGUCCUAAGUUUUUUUUAUUAUAUAUUACUAUUUCACUUAUAUAUGUAUUCUGUGCACAUGCAGAAAAAAUAAAAUAUAUAAAAUAUAUACAUUUUAUUGAUGGUUAAAAAUUUCUCAAAUUUUUUUCUGAAAUUUAUAAUUGUGUGUACAUUUUAUAUAUCUUAUGUAAGUAUCUUGCCUUUAAUAUAUAAGAUUAGUAAAAAUAUGUGUUGGAAGUACUUAUUUCCCUUGUUGAUAAUGUUUGUCACAUAUUUUAUUUAAUGUAUUUAUUAUAUAUUUAU